AUGGAGAGUACCCUCGGGCCAUGGCACUCUAAAGCACCCGAAGAAUCCCGAGCUGACGAUAACCGGGAGAAUAGUGUCGUGGUGGAUCUGAAGCUCGCCAACGGUGCUGAUGAGCCGGUGAGUAAUGGCGGCCCGAAUUCGAAGUUCGAAAAGACGACCCACAAUCGGAAGACGUUUAUGUGCAACUUUUGUCACAGGGAGUUCUCGACCUCCCAAGCGUUAGGCGGCCACCAGAAUGCACACAAACAAGAGCGUGCUAUAGCCAAGCACCGACACGGGAGCACCUCGCACUACGGCCACCGCCCGAGCUACACAUACUAUGCCUACCCGGGCUUUUACGGAUCUUUUAACAAGGCGCCACUUGGUAUUAACUCCGAGGCGAUGAUUCAAAAACCCUACCGGUAUCAUCCUCCUUGGCCGCCCUCGUCUGGGCCCUAUGACUAUCGGUUAGGGCACGAGAAGGUGCCUAGGGCUUACUUGUUAGGCCCACCAUCAUUGGGGCCGCCAUACGAUAAGUUGACAAUGGAGAAAUUUCAUUCGGCGGCGGUUCAAGUUGGUGGCGGAGGGUCGAGUGCGGGUCUCAAGUUAGAACUUGACCUGAACCCUAACACUAAUCUUGUCGGGGUGGACAAUAAUAAUACACGUAACGGUGCAACGACCGCGAAGAACCUAGGCAACGAGAAUCGACGGCAAAGAUUGGGGAAUGUCGGCCUGGAAUUAUUUCUGGCGGCUAGGCAGAGGAACACGAAUAAUGAUGAUCUGUGGUCGACUGAGAGUUGCCAGCGGCCGACAUCAAGGAAGAAGAGAUAUGCUUCAAGAACCCCGUCCCUGUCUCAGAUGCUGAAUGCCGGCGACCUGGUGAGAGAAGGUGCGCGGGGACAAAUGGCGACAAGCGACAGUCGGCGGACGGAUGAUGGCGGGCGGAGGGCGAUGGUCAGGAGCAGAGGGCCAGAUGUGUUGAGUGAUGGGAAUACAUAUUUUGUUGUUCAGCGACUGAAUUUUGUGAAUUGA